AUGUUAUACUCUUUUACAGCUCUGCCAAGUCCAGCACCGUCUGUCCCUUUAGAUGUCCCACACCAGCCUGCAGCCUCUGUCCCUGGCUAUGCUCAGGAUGUAGCGCAGUGGAACUGCUCCCACCAGCAGAAAAUUUGGAUGAAGACUGAGCUGGAGGCGUUGGGGCUGUGGCCGGGGUCACGUCCUGUUCGUCAUGCUAUGAACAUGCUGUCCUUGUGGCGUAAUCCACCUCAGCCUGAGCUCAUAGACUCAAUCUCUGAGCUGCCAUCACCUAAAUACUGUCAGCUUCAUCCUUUUUUCAUUUGGAAGCCGGAGCACACAAUCAUGGAGAGGGUAAGGAACAAUUACAUCUUGCCCUGCCUUCAUGAUUGUCCCAACCCUCAGGUAGCUUCUUCUGGCGUUGGAAGGCCAAGAGUUAUCAUUGGCACCAGCGGCCAGUACUAUAUUUUAGCCUCACGGCUCACCUGCAAGGCCUGUAGGAAGUACUGGCAUGCUGACAAGCCCCAGUGGCUGGAGAAGCUACCAGAGCGCUUCAGCAACAUUGUUCCGGCUUUCCUAACUCACAAAAAGGCCAUCUGCAAGUCAGUAAUGGGUGAGAUGAGGCGCAGCGGCAGAUCACCGGAGGACAUGGCUAAGCAGCUGACGGAGGCGCUCCACCUUAAAUAUGAGAGAGCCCACCUGGCCUACCUGCUCAGUGUGCAGAACGUCAGGGAUGCUGAGGCAGGAGUUUACGGCCAGAGAACCAUCACUGGGCUUCUCAGACAGGCAGACACUCCGGCUCCAUUCGGUGGAUACUCAGAUGCUGACGGCUGGUGUGGAGUGUCUAUUUCUUCUCACUACCUGGUCGACUGCCUGGUCCGUGAGUUUCAACGGCAGGAGCAGCUCCUCACUCUGUUGCUACAGGGGACCUUUGGACAAGUACUCAGGUCAGAUCACACACGCAAAGUGGCUAGGAAGGUGGUGCUGUCAUCCGGCACAAUGUCUUCCUAUGCCAUAAUGAAUGAGAACUGGAUGAUCUUGAGCUGGGUGAUGCUGCAGUCGGAGUGCGAUCGGUCCCUCUAUCCUCUGUAUGAGGGGCUGUCUCGGCGCUACAUUGCAGCUGGAGUGAGGAAGGCAAGCUACCAGUGGGUUGACAGGGACUGCUGUGCUGCCUUCAAGGUCCUGGACCCUGGUCAUCAGGAGCACCUGCUGUGGGACUGCUGGAGGACAUCAGAGGCCACCGUGGCGAAGGCGACCUCUGGCAACCUGGCCAACAACAGUGCCUCGAGGAGCAAGUUUAACAAAGACAUUGUCAUCAAGUUAGACUUGUUUCACUGCAUGAGGCGCUUUACCAGGGAGUGUGUGUCUGAACAUCACCCUCUGUUCAGCUCCUUCUGCCAGUUCCUCUCUGCAGCUUUUGUUGUGGUGGACCAGAGGGAUCUACAAAGGCUCACAGAGGCAUACACCUUCUGUGGAAUCUCUCCUGCAAAUCCGACAAAGCAGCACAUAAGAGAGCACUGCAGGACAAAGGUGCCACAGCCAAGGGAGCUGCUGCAGAGGGUUGAAGAUGUGUUGCACCACUUCUACCUGGCAAAGGACGCCAAUGAUGUGCCCCUGUUUAAGGCGUCCAUGCUGAAGUUGUGGAGGACCCAACGCGUCCACAUCCUGAGAGGCUGCCUGAGCGACCCUGACGUCGGGGAGGGAAUUCUCUACAGGCCCAGGCAAUGA